AUGGAAAAGCCAUCAUCACAUACGACCGUUUGGUCUAAAAUUAUUGGACUACAGCUGUACAAUUCGUACGCUGCGGAUGCUGACGGUCGCUUACCUUCGCUUUCCAUCAUACGUUUGCUGUACAGCAUAAUUUUAUUCGGUGGUUAUCUGGUCGGUUUCUAUAAAACAGUCGAAAUGAUGGAGCUUCCCGACCCUAAUCCAAACAGUCCAAGCAUUUUUAAAUUCGCGUACAUGACACAAAUUUAUUCGAGCGUGCUUGGCACGUUCAUCUGCUAUGCUUCGUUGUGGCGUACUGAUCGGAUGAAAUGUGUUUUCGUUGAAGGAAUUCAGUCUAGCAACACGAAGAUCAACGAUCGUUACUAUCAAUUUCGAAAUAUGCAGGUACCGGCCAAGCAAUCCAUCCUAGUGCCACUGUCCAUCGGGUUGCUCUUUAUUCUAUCGCUCUGUGAGGGCUAUGCACAGUACAAUCUGUCGAACUAUUUCACCAUCAUCGCAAUCGUGUAUCCUCUGUGGAUGUUCCAUGUGACUAUAUUGGAGUUUACUACAUUGGUCAAAUCAACGGAGUGUAUCGUAACGAAGCUAAACUGGAUGCUGGACGCUUUCUUGGAGAGUUUGCAUAGGCAGUCUACCCCGAUCGUACCGGCCAAGGGUGAAACGAACGCCCUCAAUAAGGUGUACCCCAUCAGCCGUCGACCGUACGUAUCGGAACAUGAGCUGAUUAGUGGCGAACGGCUUACCUAUCUGUUUGUCAUUCACGAGAACGUAGCCAAGCUGGCCGAGUUUAUCAAUCGAGCGUAUUCGCUUCAGCUUAUUGCGAUUGUGACGGUGACGUUCGUGAACACGUUGUUUGGAUUUUUCAUUGAAACGAAGCUUCUGUUUUGGAACUACGAAAUGUUGGAUCUAAUACUGCGCGCCUGCCGGUAUGCGUUCGAGUGCAUCCCAGCCUGUCUGCUGAUCUACAACAUGCUUGUCGUAUGUGCGGCGACGCACACCGAGCUCUUCAAAUCAGCCUCGCUGCUGCACAAGCUGCUACAGUAUAAGGCAAACUAUUUCAUCGACGACCAGGCACUGUUUGAACGAUCGAAAGCGAUCGCUCUGCAACUGUUGCACAGGAAGCGAUUCCCACUGUUCGAUGGUAGCGGUUUGUUUAGGCUGGACUUUACCUUUAUCUUUUCGGUUUUUAGUGCUGCUACAUCUUAUCUCAUCGUGUUGCUUCAGUUUGACUUAACAAAGGAUUUAGAAAAGGCUGUUGUUUAACGUUGAG